AUGAAGAUGAAGAAUGAACUUAAAAUGACUAACCUUGGCAACUUGGGUUACUUCCUUGGAUUGGAGUUUGUGCAGACAGAAGAUGGAAUACACAUGCAUCAGAGAAAGUAUAUUUUAGAGACUUUGGAAAGGUUUAACUUGAAGAAUUGCAACAACACAUCCAUUCCUGUCAUGGCAAAUUUGAAGCUUUCAUAUCAACAAGAAGAAACCAAGGUGGAUGCAACCCUGUUCAAACAGAUCGUAGGAACUCUCCGCUACAGUUGCAACAGCAGACCGGACAUCAGCUUUGGAGUCGAGCUCAUCAGCAGGUUCAUGCACGAUCCCAGACAGUCUCAUCUGGCAGUAGCAAAGCAUAUUCUUCGCUAUUUGAAAGGAACAACAGACUAUGGCCUCUAUUUCCCCAGGACAAUUGACAACACAAACGAUGUUUUGGAAGCAUGGUGUGAUGCAGACUAA